AUGGGUGAUUUAACUCUAGACAUUUCAAGUAUAACCAGCAAUGAGUUCCACGUGGAAAGGCUUACCGCUUACUACAUUCCAAUAUUAAAGAUAAAGCCAAACUACUCAAAGUUUAUUCAAAAGGUAGUAAAUGGAUCGACCACACUAUGGAAAUCCACCUCUGGAAAAAAGUGCGUGUAUCUCUCGCUAGUUCUGGAUAAUAAACAACCCCUCAUGUUAAAGUUGGAUGUAGUAGAAAGCAAAGAAGAUAGUACCGACCCAAAAGGAGAAGAAACACUCUCUUCUCCCAGGUCCACACACUCUACUACUCCAAUCCACUCUUUGGCCAAUAGUGCUCGUUCUAUCCAUUAUGAUGGAGCUUUAGCUCAGGAAUCCAUUUAUAUAGAUGUGAGACGUUCUAAGGUAAUAUCUGACCAUUUGUUUUUCGAGGCGUUUCAUAAAAUGGUCUCGAAACAUAUAACCUACUAUUCAGUCUCUCUCAAUAUAUCCGGGAGUAACAAUGAAACCAUGUUUUACAAUGUAAAUAGGCACUCUUAUAGUGUGUAUGUUCCGACUCCAGGGUACGCAUUAACAAAAGUAAAGGAUGGGCUAUCAACCAUUUGGAAGGGAGGGUCCGCAACCUGCACACAUGUCACUGUAUAUUUUAACGGAUUACGUCCAGUUCUAGUCGGCCUCUGGGUUAAAAAUGGCAGUUCACAAAAACCCCUCUACUUUAGAAAGAAGAGCAGAUGGAGUCAGAUAAAUGAGGACGAAUACGCACGAAAAUUAUCAUUUUAUGGCCUCAGCAGAUCAACAUUGGAAAUAUGUACCGUUGAUAUAAACAAUACCAAUGACGAAAGGCUUUGUAUAAAUAGCCUUAGCAGUCUGCAAGCCAAGGUAACGAGAUUUACUCCUCUCCCAGGAUGCGUGGUAAAGAGAGUUAUGGAUGGUAAAACCACAAUUUGGGAUUCCGUCUGCGAUGACAAAUGUGUGUACAUUUGGCUCUACUCACGUGGAGAUACCCAAUCAACGAUAUAUCUCUUGGUACACGGUCAUAGUGGUAGAAAGGUUUUAUAUUACGCUAAAAAUGUCGGAGGAAAAUGGAACUCGGUUGAUUCCUACAAGCAUAUAUCGAUUUUAACAACUCAAUCUAUUCUAACAACCUCUGCACUAAGCGGUGUGCAGUCGAUACUGGAUGCCAGAUCUAUCCACGAGACCGUAUAUGCUCAUAGCACAUUUAAGCCAAAGAUUGUAAUGGGUAGCUUUAUAAAUAGCAAGGGCCUAAGCAUUAAAACAUACGAAUGUAGAGUACAAGAGUCUAAAGGAAGAAUUGUGCUGGUGCACGGAGCCUGGGGAUACUUUGGCUCUAUAUUUCUAAGGUGGAAUGUUGAAUGGAACAACAAGCACUUUGGAUAUACCCCAAUAGAACAUUGUAACAGUUUUGAUAUGAGCACAUAUUCUCACAUUUUUAAGGAUUCUGAAAAUGCUCUAGAGGCACUUCCUCAAUGUCAAUAUGAGGGUAGCUUGGUGGAAGCGUUAAACGAUUUAGGAUACUCUGUAUAUGCCAUAGACUUGCAGUCUAUGGGUCGUUCUGAAUCUGUAACGGACACACGCUUUUACGUUGAAGAUUUUAAUGAUUUUGCACGUGACGUUGCGCAGUAUGUAGAAAUUGUAAAGGGGAAGGGAUGUAAGGAAUGCCAUUUGAUUGGGUUUUCCAUGGGUGGAAACAUCGUCUUGAGAGCUGCUAUGGAAUAUAAAAAGGCUACUGGAGAUGUAAUUACAGAUUCUGUUAUAUGUAUAGGUGGAAUGUACAAUAUUGAGUCCCAAUUGGAUACGAUGAUAAAGAGACUCGGUAUACGUUUAUCCCACGGGGCACGGUAUCUAGUGCCUAAAAUGGUAAACAUGUUCGAGGAUUACAAGUGUUUUGGUAAAAGUAAUGACUCUUUUAUGUGGUAUAAUGACCCAUUCACUUAUGACAGGAAUUUGGCAGUAAGGACUGUCUUUGAAUUGUUCAAGGCCGCCAGGGAGCUGGACUUGCAACAAUACCCAGAUGUACUACCUACACUGUUUAUUCAUUCCAUAGGAGAUCCCAUGUGUAGCAUACAAGGCGCUAGGAACGUUAGCAAGCAGCUGGAGGGGAAUGCCAAACUGGUGGAACUUGAGGGUGACUGCCAUAAUAUUGUAGCCUCUCAUUUUGUAUCAAAUCUCACGCCAAUUUUGCGUGAUUGGCUUAUGCACAAGUGA